AAGAGUGAGAAAAUUGUAUGUGAAAAAAUUAUGAUUGUGGUAAAAGUUUAUGACUAAGUAUCACAUGGUAUUGCCUUCUAACUCCUUGACAAGCACUUAGAAUUUUGGGCCAUAUUUGUGGAAUAACAUGAGGUUUCUCGUAAUCCCAUUAACCUAAACGAUUCCUACAGAGUCCCUCCUCUAAAACUAAGCUUUAAUGCAUCUGUUUUUAUAGCACAACUAGCCAAAAUGACAAUUCAAAGGUCCCCUAUUUACAUGACCAAGAAGGGAGAAGCACAUGGUUUUGCUUCUAACCUGCAAUUGCUCAUCUAAUGGGUGAGAAGUAACCAAGUAUGAGCUGAUAUAUCAAUACUAAUAGGCCCCGGUUGUCGAUCAAAGUACAGAAACGAAGAAACUUUGCUUCAUCUACAAAUUUAAGGCCCCAUAUCAACAGGCAUCAGCACAUGGCUUUGCCUUUUGUUGUUAGUAGCAACUUCAGCUCCAACUCAAAGCCUGUCUACAACCUCUUGUAUAAAUAACCCCCUUUUCUAUGGACAUUUUUCAUCAUCAAGUAAAAGCAAUAUCUAUUCAGCCAUCAAAAGUUUCUAAAUUGCUUGUUUACUUUCUUGCUUCCUAACUUUCAAGAAAACGAAAAAUGGAAAGAAAGACAAUUCUCAGUACUAAGAAGCUAAUCAAAAUGGCAAGGAAAUGGCAAAAGUUCGCGAUCAAGCAGAGGAAGAGGAUUUCAUUUCCAAGAAAUGGUAGUGAUGCAGACAGUUGUAGUACAUCUUCAUCCUCUAUUGCCGGAAAAGGCCAUUUUGUAGUCUAUACAAUUGAUCAAAGGCGCUUCGUUAUUCCUUUGGCUUAUCUUGAAAAUGAGGUCAUUAUGCAACUUUUAAGCAUGUCCGAAGAAGAGUUUGGACUACCAAGUGGUGGUCCUAUUACAUUACCCUGUGAUUCGGCGUUCAUGGACUACAUCAUGUCACUGAUCAAGAAAGGUGUAACUGCUGGAGAUCUUCACAAAGCAUUGCUCCUCUCAAUUCCUUCAUGUUGCUGUUCAACUUCUUCCUUUCACCAAGGAAGUGGAAAUCAACAGAUUCUUGUUUAUUGAGUCAUGACAUCAUGUUUUGUAAAUAAUAGCUUAAAAUAGACUUCAUAGCUGUAGAAAAAUAGGCAACUGAAAGCUUGUAUCAUUGCAGACUGGAAUAAAGCUUUAUCUUGAAAUUAA